AUGAAUUUUUUCGGGGUGAUACUAUUGGCUAGUUUUCUUUUGAUUGCCACCUUUCUCAUAGGGCUAAUCCCGUUAUACUACGUUGAUAAGCAGAAAAGUGCCAUUGUCAUUGACCAAGAAGAUAACGAUUCCAGUUCCGAUCUCAGUGCAAAUGCGGGUAUUCAAACGGGCACCAAUGGGGCUAGCAGCUAUCGUGUUAAAAUUGCAGUUCUAUCACAAUUCGGUAUAGGAAUGUUGUUAGGUACCUCUUUCAUGUUGGUAAUACCGGAGGGUAUAAAGGCAUGUGUAGAACAUAAUGGUAACGUUGGAUUGAAUUUGCUAAUCGGGUUUUUAGGAGUGUAUGUCCUCGAUAGGCUGGUUACACUAUGGAUUUCCAGAAAGCAAGCGAUUUAUACUCACGAGGCAAUCAAAUUUCAAAGUUGGAAAGAUAUAAUAAAUCACCCAAAACAAAUAUGGAUGAACUUAAUACAAAAUAACGUUGUAUUUGCAUUGUUUAUUCAUGGGUUAUCCGAUGGAAUCGCACUAGGUACGACAACGAAUAAUGAUUCGCUACUCAUAGUGGUAUUGAUUGCCAUUGUGAUUCACAAGAUCCCUGCGGUUCUUUCUCUCACUAGUUUAAUGGUGUCAAGACAAAAUUUGUUGAAAUGGGAGAUAGUAUGCAACGUUUUCCUAUUUGCCUCAUCGACACCAAUCGGAUACAUAGUGUUAUCCCUCUUGAAUUUGAGUCAUUCAACAACGAUGGAUUGGAUUAGCGGAAAUCUUCUGCUCAUGAGUGGUGGUAGUUUAUUAUAUGCAUCUUUCACAGCGUUUGUUGGUGGGGGUUCUCAUGAUCAUGAUCUUAGUGUGGAAGAGGAUGUCGUUCUUCCCCAUGAUGAAUCCGUUUAUGUAUUGAUAGGUGUUUGCAUUCCGUUGGUAAUAUCUUACUGCAUUUCAGAAGAAUAG